AUGACUACCUCCGCAUCUCCAUCCCACACUUCAGUCGUGGAACACGUUCUCUACGAUACUCCAUCCGCUGCCAAAAACAAUGUAAAUGCCCAAGGCAUAACUAAAUAUGGCUAUAACAACACUAGUCAUAAUGCCGAAGACCCAGCGCGAGCUGAGCACAUCAACACCGCUCUAUCCGCUAUCGACAACACUGUGAUCUUCCUCCAGGAAGACACCCGCAAAACUUGCUCGCCAGCUCCUCAUCAACAAGCCCUCUACAGGGACGAGCUGCUCUUCCUCUCCUCCCCUGCUUCCCCCCUCCCCACCAUUGACCUCGACACCGACAAGUUCUUCGAAGAUGCAGACGCCUGCAUCUACUCUCCUACCCCGCCAGCUCUCUACGUCUCUACUGCCCAACACGCACAGCAAGAUAAUUUCACGCAACAGGAGGACGAGGGUAUCGAGCUUGGCAUAAGCUACGCCGAUACCGUACACCUGAACUUUGACGAUAUCUUCCAACAACUCGACGCGUACGAUCUUCAGGCUCAGGAGGGGUAUGUGAGUGAGGAUAGGAAGGGUGAAGUGGAGCAAGCGCAGGGGAGCUUGCUAGGGUACUGGGCUGGGGACUAUCAGCGUCAUGAGUGGGUUGCGGUGAAGUUUGAGCGGGAGCGGUACGUUGCUGAUCAGCCGUCUCCCACUACUACUGUCCAUUCACAACUUUAG